AUGAUCGGAUGGGAAGAGAUGGAAGGAGGAAUGGGGAGUAGGCUGGAAGAGGCAGCGGACAAGGACAAAAACAUGGACACAGAUAUCCGACUGGCCACCUUAGAUGCCAGAACAAAGGCCAUCGAGGACCAGCUGUCGUCCCUCCGAGACUCCUUGGAAUUCAAUGGAUUUGAGAACGUGAGGGCCCAGGGAGAGGUGGAGAUUCUCCAUCGGCUGGAAAUCUUAGAAUCCAGGAUGGAACAACAGAAUCAACGCCUUCAGGAAUCUUUCAACAAGGCCGUUUUUGACAUCCAGACUCGGAUGACAUCUCUGUUGGAAAGGAGCAUGAAGAACCAUGAGAAUGGACAGAAGAGGCAUAGACAUACACUGGACACCCUGGAUCAAAUCCACCACCAGUCCUCCCAUGUCAACACACAUCUCACAAGAGUCAACAACUUCCUCCAGGAUUUCUCCCCUCUCAUGAGACAGCAGUUGGAGACCGUUGACCGAAAGGUGUCAUCUCUCAUGGAACAAGGGAGUCAAGUUGCUACCCAGCUCACAAUCCAGUCUAAAAUAUUAAGGGACAUGGAAGCCAUAGACAAUAGGACAAUGGCAACCAUGAACAUGAUGGCCAAGGAGCUGAUGGAGUUUGAGGAAGCAGCUUUGGAUACAGUGGCAUCUCUGGAUCGAAUAGUGUCUCGGGCUGGGGAACCAGAAAGGUGUCAUGAGGAACUCACCUCAAAGCUUUCUGAUGGCCUACUGGAGAUGUCCCAAAUGACUGAUGUCACCAUCUCAAGGGUACAAGAGGUAAAUGACAGUAUGGAGAUGGCCUUGAAGUCCCUCUCAAGGAUAGAGAAGGCUGAGGAAAGUCAGCUGUUAAGGAUAGAAGAAAUUGAAAAGAAAGUUGAUCUGUUACUCCAUCAACAAGGACUACCUUCAAUAGGAACAAAGGAGGGAGAGCCAGAGCCUCAGUCAUCCUUCAAGGAACACAUGGCAAGGCUGGAGACUCUUGAAGAAACAAUCAGAAACUUCAUCAAUAACAAGUUGGCAAAUAUGUAUGAGAGUUUAUGGAAGAAGCACCUGGCACUGGAGAAAGAGGUUGGGAGUUUGCAGGACCUAACAAAGUCUAUUCAAACUCAAGUCCUGGAAAGUGUGCAAGACCUCGAGGAACUACUUACAGCUGGAAAUGCCCCCCAGAAGUCCAAAGGUGAUGAUCAGAAAUCAGGUGAAAACGGCUCAGGAGAGGAGCAUAGUCAAUUCAAAGGAUAUAUUCAGAACCUCAUGAACCAUGUGGAGGAGGGAUUCCGAAAUCUCUUCAACAGCCAAUCAAUGUUCAUCAUGUUAUGCCAAGGCAACCAGCAGAAGGAACCCGAAUUGGAGAUGAAAUUUGAGAUCAUGGAGAUGAUUUCUGACAUCAUGGAGGGAAUCACAAACAUACAAAAUGGAACACAGAGCUACAAGGACAAUUUGAGGAGCAUUGAAAGGCAGCUUGCAGACCAUAACCACAAAGUUGGAGCAGCAUUUGAUCAAAUCUCAUUUGAAAUCCUUGAAUCAGCCAACCAGACACUGAAGAAGAUCAACCUUGCCAGCACCAUCCUUGAUGACAUUGCUAAGAACACAGAGAAGAUGAUGACAAAUUUUUCUAUAAAUUCAGGAAAUGCCUUCCUCCAAGAUGACCUGGAGCCACAUCACAAUCUUGACAUCAAUCCAAUUAAUGUCAACGAGACACCACCGAAGGACACAGAUACGAUGCUAGCAAGGUCCCGACUUUGA